AUGUAAUAAUUAUGUUUACAAAUAUCGGAACAAACACUUAUCCCUUCUAUUGUAAUUAUUGCACUUCUUAGCCUCAUAUCUGUUGGCCUACUAUUCUAAACAUAUAAAUUACGGAAUUGGAACCCUAUUUAGGAAUUAUCACCACUAUUAACAAUAUUUCAAGGAUUAUCACUUUAUUUAUUUAUUGUGCUCACCCUACUUGCAAUUGUGCAUGAUGGUUAGAAUAAUUUCCAUACAACCAAAGUCAUAAUGAUAUUUUAGAAUUUUUUUCGAGGACUUUUUGUAUAUAUCACAGUUUUUAAAUCACUUAGAGUCACUUUGGCAUUUCACCUCAAUAUUAAGUCCUCCAAACUCUUAAAAUUUCUAUGUACCAACAUUUUUAGAUAUUAAUUUCGUAUUUUAAUAGUCGCCUUAUUGAUGACUUCUGCAUUUUGGUCAGGAAUUUAUUAUAUUGUGAUUCUUUAUAAUCAAAAAACAAACUACUCAGAUUAAGAUCAUAUAAGUGAUCUCAUUCAAUAUGAGAAUAUAAAUAUUGUUGAGGCUAUUAAUAAUACUUUAGAAAUUUUAUUGUGCAUGCUUAUCAUAUAUUGGAAUCAAAAGAUUUUUAUACCCCAAUUUGAUACUCUUCAAAAGUUUGUUAAUAAACCAUUAUCGAUCUAUGCUAUUUGGUUGUACAUUAAUACGUUCAUUAGUUACUUCAUCAAUGAGAUGGAUUGUAAAAUAUAAAAUGGACCUAUUGAAUUACCAUUCCCUUUAAUUAUUAUGGUCUUUUCUUAAAUUCUCAGAAGCAUGGUUGAAUUUUACUAUAUAGUUUACAUCCCCAUACAAUAGAGCACAUUAAUCAGAUUACCAUUAAUUCCAUCUAUAAUAUUGGAUAAUUUUCAACUGUUUAUGAGAAUUCCUCUUUGCAGUAGCGUAUUUUAUGAGUUCUUACAAUAACCGAUUUAUAGUCCCAAUUUCAAUUCGAAGGAGAGAAGAGUCAAUCAUAGUCUCAGUUUGGAAUACUCAGAUAGUUUAUAGGUACUUAAGGUGUGGAUGGCUUAUCAGAUGAAAUUAGAGAAUGGAAUAGAAGAUGAACAUUUCACGCUUUUUUUGAAUUUGGAGAAAUAAUAAAAUGAGACGCUGUUUGAUUUUAAUUAUUAACCAUAAAUUUAAGUUAGAUUAGAAAAGCAUUUGAUGUAACUCUUCGAAGAAUAUUAAAAUACAUUCUCAUAUUAUAAUAUGAAAAAAUUAUUUCAUUGUCUUGAUAAUGCAACAAAGAAUUUCUAUGAAAUGAAUAUCAUCUAAAAUUUUUUAAACUGA